UCCUCCUCACCGUGUCUUCCUCUUCGGCCACGGCGACGACGGCGAGGGCAACGGCUACGGCGUCGAUGGCGACGGCUUCGACGGCGACGGCUUCGAAGGCGUCGAUAGCGCUGGCGAGGGCUUCGACGGCGUCGACAGCGACGGCGACGGCGUCAAACGCAACGGCGUGGACGGCGACGGGGACGUCUUCGAAGGCGUCGACGGCGCCGGCGAGGGCUUCGACGGCGUCGACAGCGACGGCGACGGCGUCAAACGCAACGGCGUGGACGGCGACGGGGACGGCUUCGAAGGCGUCGACGAGGGCUUCGACGGCGUCGACAGCGACGGCGACGGGGACGGCUUCGAAGGCGUCGACGAGGGCUUCGACGGCGCCGGCGACGGCGUCAAACGCAACGGCGUGGACGGCGACGGCGACGGCUUCGAAGGCGUCGACGGCGCCGGCCAGGGCUUCGACGGCGUCGACAGCGACCGCGACGGCGUCAAACGCAACGGCGUGGACGGCGACGGCGUCGACCGCAACGGCGAUGCCGACGGCGACGGCGGCGGCGGAAGGCCUUGGGCGCCAGAGAGCGAGCCCGGACCACCUCCCCGUGCCUCCCCGCCCCCGCUCCCGGUAUCAGCACCGCGCGGCCGUCCGGCCGCAUCCCAAGGCCGUGGGCACGCCGCCCCGGCCCGCCCCCGCGCUCCGGCAUGCUCAGGCGGAGCACCGUCCCGUUCUUCCUCCCCGCCCCCGCGCUCGUCCCGCGCGUCCCUACAACGGCGGCCCGUUUGCCGCUCUCCUCUACCUGUGCGCCGUGCUCGGAGUUGCCGUGGAUUCGUGCGGCUCGCUGCGGGCAUACGGAGGCCUCGCCGCGGUCGUCGCCGCCCUUAUCAUCGCUCUUGUGCUGAGGCGUCCGCCCCGAUUGGCCCAUCAGGACAACGCUGAUGGACCCCGCCAGAUCCUGGCGGCUCCGGCUCGGCGGAUUCAACCGGAGCAACCCCGCCUCGCUCCCACUCUCACCAUCACCGGGAGCAUCCUGGACGCUGCGCAGGUUGCUGCUGCCAUCCGCAGUUUCAUGGCAGACAGCACCCGUCCGAUCCUCGCCGUCAGCCCACCCCAAGCUGACUCCUCCGACUCCGACGGGAGCGGGUCAAGCACCAGCGGCGACGACAUCAAUAACUUGUGGUAUACUCCCCUACACCUCAUGAAAGCAGGGGAUGUCUGUCUCAUCCACCCCGCCUUCAUCCAGCAGCUCCAGGAGAUGGAUCCAUGGUUAACCGAAGCUGAAUCCCUUGAAUUGCUUCGGAGAGCGUUCAGAGAUGCCAACACCUCUGAUGGAUUCCACAGAUUGUCUGACAUAGUUGAGGAGAACCAAGGGAUUAUCUAUGACGGUCUUCAUGUGUUGACAGACGGAUCAACUGGGGCUUCUAUCAUGACGAUGAAAAUUACUGCAAAGCUUAUUCAAUUGAUCUUUCUUGAAUUAGAUGGGCAGAAUUGGAAGUCAUGUCAGGAUGUCAAAAAGGAAUGUUGCUUUCAAGAGGUUGUCAGGCAAUCUGUAGAGGAGCUCAUUGAUGUUGCACUUUCAUUCAGCAACACAAGGUGGUCUGCUCAUCAUCCAUUGCAAAUGCUUACCAUCUUAGAUGCACUUGUCGAUGUCCUAUGUACCAUAAGGGAAUUGACUUUCAGCAGUACUGAGUCCAUGCAUGAUGUGGUUGCUCAUGUUUUUUACAAGAUGGUGGUUGAUUUGAGGGGAAUGCUUGAGGGGACUACCAGUACCAGUGACAUGCAUAGCAUCCGAGAAAGUGCCAUCCAUCCAGCAACGGCUCUUCUUGUACGAUACCUGGAAUUUUUCUGUCGCAACGGGGACAUGAUGCAGUUUGUACUCGGCACCGAGGAUUUCACUAUUGAGCUUAGCAUGAUCUAUGCUUGGGUCUCCAAGCUCAGCGAAGAUGCAGAAGCAAUGUUCCCAGCAAAGGGUCAAAGGUACAUAUACAUCUUGAAUAAUAUGGAUUUUGUUUAUCAACUGAAGAAUCAUCCCGGAGGAUGCCUUUCCAGUGUAGAACUGCAGACGGGUCUCUGUUCGCUGAUCCAUCAGUACAUACAGAGCUACCUUGACGAAUGUUGGGUCCCACUUUUGGGUGUUGAUUCUCUCAAGAGAUUUCUUGAAGAGUUCUUUACCAUCUGUGAUAGCCAGAUGACAUGGAAAGUUCGUACUGUGCACAAGGUGACACUGCGUCGGGAGAUUGUGGGAUUGAUUGUUCCAAAUUACGUCAACUUCUUACAGGAAAAUUGCAGUUCGCACCGGACUUCCUGGUUGAAGGCCAGAUCUGAGAAACCAAUGUAUACUGCUGUGUGGUUGGAAGAGAAGAUCAGUGGAUUCUUUGAGACAUAACUGCCGGCCAGUAGUCAUGAAAGGGCACCACACUUGUACAUGGUCAGCGCAUUAAUCGUGCCACAUUAGCAUUAGUACAGAGCACGGUUUGUGGUGAUCCGGCCGUGCUCAUCCCAGGAGCGCUCAGGUGGGUUGUGCCCACCUCGGUGACCUCCCGCACCCCCUCUUCGCCCUAUAAAUCAUCAAAUAUUCCAAAAAUCCUCGGGGUUAACCUAGAUCGAAAGUUCCGCCGCCGCAAGUCUCUGUAGCCAUGAAAAAACAAUUGGGAGCCUGUUCCGGCACCCUACCGGAGGGGAAGAUCAUCACCGGAAGCCAUCUUCAUCAUCCCUAUGGUCU